AUGGCCGCCGCCCGGGCCCCGGUCACUCGGCAGGUCCUCGGGGGCGCGGAGUGGGCCGAGGCCCGUGGCGACGAGCCCGGGCAGCCCCUGGCUCCGGCCGUGGCCGAGCUCCCGGUGCUGGACGCCGCGGGGAGGCCGCUGCGCUUCGGGGAGCUGUUCCGGGAGCGCCGGGCCGUCGUGGUGUUCGUGCGGCACUUCUUGUGUUACAUCUGCAAGGAAUACGUGGAAGACCUGGCCAAGAUCCCCGAGAGUUUCUUGAAAGAAGCAAACAUCACUCUAAUAGUAAUUGGACAGUCAUCAUACCACCAUAUUGAGUCUUUUUGCAAACUGACUGGCUAUUCUUAUGAAAUCUAUGUUGAUCCUGAAAGAGAAAUUUAUAGGAGAUUGGGAAUGAAAAGAGGUGAAGAAAUUGCUGCCUCAGGACACAGCCCCCAUAUCAAAUCCAACAUACUCUCGGGAAGCAUUCGGAGCCUAUGGCGGGCAGUGACUGGCCCUUUGUUUGACUUUCAAGGAGACCCAGCUCAACAAGGCGGAACUCUUAUUUUAGGUCCAGGUAACAAUAUCCAUUUUAUACACCGUGACAGGAAUAGACUAGAUCACAAACCCAUCAACUCUGUGUUACAGCUUGUGGGAGUUCAGCAUGUGGACUUCACGAACAGACCUGCAGUUAUCCAUGUAUGACAGAACAGGCUGUCCCUGUCAGAUGCCUUGGCCAUGACUUCAAGAUACUGGAGUGUAGUGGCCUGUGUAGUGUCUGCUUUAUUGGUGCCAAGGAAUUUGAAAAGACCAUCUCCAAGUUGAAUUGCAUGGUUAAAGGCAGUCAUUACCAAAAGUGAUAGAUUUUUUAUGACUUUUUCUUUUGGGUGGGAGUGCCCAACUGAGCUCAGCACUCACUUCUGGCUCUGCAUCAGCAUUACUCCUGGGAGGCUAAGGGGAUCAUAUGCAGUGCUGGGGACUGAAGCAAGGUGGGACCUAUGCAAGACAAGUUUUAAACAGAAUAAACUUUAAAUGAUAAAUACCAUUCUUUAA